CAACUCCACAUCUGACCAAAAAAAAAAAAAGAAAAGAGAGAAAAAAAUUCUUAACUCCACAUCGCUUGCUCAAAAAAGAAAAAGAAAGUCUUCAUCAAAUCUCCGAAACAACCAUGAAAAUCGUCCGCAAGGACUUUGUCCGAAACGGACCCGGAAGCGUCAAGAUGGUAGCUGUUGAUUCCGACGAUUUGUGGUAUGCCUAUAACUUGAUUGCUCCUGGGGACAGUGUUAUGGCUGUAACUGUCAGGAAAGUACUUAGAGAAGCUGCUUCUGGUGGAAGAGAUGCAGAGCGUGUGAAGCUGAAGUUGGAAGUUAAAGUUGAAGAGAUUGCAGAUUAUGACAAGGUUGGUUCUGUCUUGCGGAUACGUGGUAAAAAUAUUUUGGAGAAUGAACAUGUAAAGAUAGGAGCUUUCCAUACGUUAGAACUUGAGCUGAAUCGACCUUUUGUAUUAAGAAAGGCUCUUGGAUGGUUAAUGAUACUUACUGACUUUUGUUACUGCCUUCCGGUAUACUGUGUCGUUAUUUUUCAGGACAAUUGGGAUUCAUUGGCAUUACAUGUACUUCAACAAGCCUCUGAUCCCACUGCAAGCGCAGAUCUAGCUGUUGUUUUAAUGCAAGAAGGAUUAGCACAUAUUAUGCUCAUUGGUAAAAGUAUGACAACUAUUCGUGCAAGAAUAGAAACAUCAAUUCCACGCAAGCAUGGACCUGGUAUUGCUGGUUAUGAAUCUGCAUUGAAUAAAUUCUUCGAGAAUGUUUUACAGGCUUUCCUGAAGAAUGUUGAUUUUAAUGUUGUUCGAUGUGCUGUGAUUGCUAGCCCAGGUUUUACUAAGGAUCAGUUCCAUCGACAUUUACUGUUGGAGGCAGAAAGAAAGCAACUGAGGACUAUUAUUGAGAAUAAGUCUCGCAUAAUUCUUGUGCAUACAACCUCAGGCUACAAGCAUAGUAUGAAAGAGGUUUUGGAAGCUCCAAAUGUUAUGAAUAUGAUCAAGGAUACUAAAGCAGCACAAGAGGUCCGAGCUCUUGAGGAAUUCUUCAGCAUGCUUUCAAAUGAUUCAGCUCGAGCAUGCUAUGGACCCAAACAUGUUGAGGUAGCCCAUGAGCGCAUGGCUGUUCAAACGCUGCUCAUCACAGACGAUCUCUUCAGAAAUGCCGAUUUAGUUGCCAGGCGGAGGUAUGUCAAUUUGGUCGAGUCAGUGAAGGAUUCAGGCGGUAAUGUUCAUAUAUUUUCAUCUUUGCACGUCUCCGGAGAACAACUGGCACAGAUAAGUGGCAUUGCAGCAAUUCUUCGUUUCCCUUUACCAGACCUUGAAGACUUAGAAAUGUGAAGAAGCAUCCAUCCUUGAAGACUUAGAAAUGUGAAGAAGCAUCCAUCUUGCUCUUGUAUUUUCUAUAUUUUUCUUUUUAUAUAUAAAAACCUGUAAUAAGGUUGAUGUUCACUUUCAUACAUAGGUUUUUUUACUAUUUCUUGGCUUGUUAUCAAUAUAGAAGUUAGGUUAAAUUCUUGAAUAGCCAGGUGAAGCUACUACAUACAUGUGUAUUAUUCAAUUGUUUGGCUGUUGUGCCUCUGAUAUAAAUUUAGUCUUCAUAUGGCCUUAUAUUGUUA